AUGGCUGAAAAUUCGUCGGAGGAACAGGAAGCGGUUCUACAACCCAAGGAUUAUUGCAAACUUUUCGAUCCAGAUGCAUAUUUGCAAUUUUAUUUUAGCCAGUGAGUUAGGGGAAGAACAAAACAAAAUCGAAAGAUCAUUUUCUAAAAAAAAAAUAUGAAUCACUUUAUGCUUCUUCAAAACAUCUGGAAAGUUUUUCGACCAAUAAAUCACUAGCAAAAAAUUAGUUCCGAACGACACUUCGAUUUUACACUCUGUAGAUUUACCGAAGAUCAUUCUAGAGCCCCAAUUUUAUGUGCACAACUUUGAAAAAUUAAACCAAACCUGUCACUUACGCAACCAGAAUUCAAAAAAAAAUCGGAGCUCAUUUGCAAUUUUGAUCCUGAUCUUCAUCUUCACUUUCAAAUUGAUCGAGAUAAAGUUCAAAUUAAUUGACACCCGCUGGACAGAAAAAAUCAGCAAAGACUAAGAAGAGUAAACAAGCACCACUUGUGUUUUUUUGCUUUUCCUUCGCAAAAUUUCUCAAUUUUUUUGUUGCUGAUUGCGUAAUUGAUAAGUGACAAAAGAUGAAGAAGAGUUCGGUUUCAUUUUUCGAGUGUGUGCCCAAAAAAUCUAGACUCUACAUAGAUAAACCUAGAAUGAUCUUUGGUAAAACAAAAACAUCUAGAGAGUGUAAAGGCGGAAUGUCGUUUGGAAAAAAAGUUGGGGCUCUAGAUAAACCUUGAGUAAUCUUUGGUAAAUUUAAAGAGUGUAAAGGCGGAGUGUCGUUUGAAAUUGAACAUUGAGGUUGAACCUAGAAUUAUCUGUGUAAAGGCGGAGUGUCGUCUAAUUUUGUGCUAGUGAUUUAUUGGUCCAGAUGUUUUGGAGAAGAAAAAAGUGAUAUAUCUUUUUUUUUUUGAAAAAUGCACUUUCGAUUUCUAAUUUUCCCGCCCUAAAAACCUUGGUGUAAGUACGAAGCAUCGUUUAAAAAUCGUACCAAUUUUUUUCCAGAAACGCAAUCGAAGAUGGAACCCGUGUCUCCCUCUUUGCUCUCCCUGUCUUCGCACAAAUCAUGAUCCAGCAAAUGCGCCCCACCGAACGCGAAACAUUAUUAGAUAUUGGCGCCGGUCCAACAGUCUAUUCAGCACUGUGUUUCAGAGAUGUUUGCAGACAAAUCCAUUUAGCCGAUUACGUCGAAAGAAAUCUCGAAGUUUUGCGAAAAUGGGUUCGAAAAGAACCAUCGGAAAGUGUCGAUUGGCAGCCAACAAUUCGAGUUAUCAAAAGAACUGAAGGCGGUCCGCCACCAACGAAUCAAGUGUGUGAAGAAGUUGAGGAGAAAGCGAGAGGCUUGGUGAAAUCCGGUGGAAUUCAUUUUGCUGAUGUUCAUCAAUUUGAUGUUGUUCCUGAGAUGCAAGGGGUUUUGGUGGAUGUUUUGGUGUCGAUUUUUACAUUGGAAAGUGCCUGUAAGAAUUAUGAGGAAUAUCGGCAAUGUGUUAAGAAUAUGGUGAGUUUUGGAGGCAAAAAGUUGAAGUUCAAAUUUUUCUUGAUCUUGAAAUCUAGAACUUUCAAUUCUAAACGAUGCUCCGCGACUACAUCUAGAUUUUUAGGAGGGAAAACUAAAUUUUCAAAAAUUGUUCAAACGAAGCUCUGCAAUUACAAUCUGGGUUUUUUGGCGGGAAAUUCAAAAUUCAAAUUUUCCAGAUGCGUCAUCUUCGCUCCGGCGGUCGUUUCAUUAUCGGAAGUGUGCUCGAAGACAACGUCUACAACUCGGGCUCAAAAACCAUUUUCCACUUGCUUAAUCUGACUGAAGAAAUCGUGAUUGAAGCGCUUGAAGAGGCGGGUCUCGACACGAAAAACGCCAAAAAAUAUGUGCUAGAUGGUGAAGGUGUGAUGUUCAUGAUGUGCACCAAAAAUUGA